AUGGAUUAUAAAAUAAAAAUAAAAACUGAUCCCCAGUUUUUGAAUCUGUUUAAGAAAAUUGAAAAGUCCAAAGUUGACAUUCCUGCCCAUGUCAGUGAAUGUUUUUCUGUUAAAAUGUUAGACCUAGAAGCCUUCAAGUGGUUUAGUGAAAAUUUGAAAAAAAUUGAUGGCCCCCCUCUACACACAUUAAUCACUGAAGACAGUAUAGUUUUACCUAGCCCACCAAUUGUCGAGUCGAGUCCAGAGUACAAAGAAAAAAUGAGAAAAUUGGAGCAACGUCUAAAGAAUAAAGAAUAUGAUGCUAUGACAAAAAAUGUAGAUUUUCGGAGAGUUAGACUACCCGAAGAUACAAUUUCUUAUCAAAUUAAACAAAUCAAUAGACAAUUGAUAGCAGUCCUUCAAUUUGUGAUUUCAACUGCUGCUGGUUUUUUAUUUGGAUUUUUGGGUAUUGAGUUAAUGCUAAGUACAACCUUUGAUUUAGGUUUUAAGUUAUUGUUGGGAAUCAUAUGUGCUUUAAUUAUAGCAUUAGCUGAAAUUUACUUUUUAGCCAAAAAAUUAUCUGAAGAUUUUGAGCCAUUAGAUACAACUGGUGGCAAAGUGCAUCAAGAUUAAUUGUAGUUAAUUUAUCCAACUAUUUCUUAUUUUCCUCAAAUUAUUAAAAUUCUAAAAACUGUUUAAAACUAUGGGUCAUGAAGUGUAUAUAUUAUUGUCUAUUAAUUUAUGUAUGCAAAAUUGAUGAAACAUUACUUUAUUUUAUAAAAAAUAUUAAUUGGUUUUAAUUGUUAAAUUAUUUAAAUACUGCUUUAAAUAUGUUUUUUUUAUGGAUGUAGACAUGUAGCAUUGUAAUAUAGUUGUAAAGUUUUCAGAUUUGAUCAAUGAAAGUUUUACAUAUUGAAUAUAAUAUUUAUAAAUGUUUUAACUUUUGUAUUAAAAUGGCGCAAAUGUUUUAUUGA